AGAAAGAGAAGAAAGACACACGAUCGGUCGGUCGGACGACGGACGGGAAGGCAUGACGCCAUGUUUUGAUGUCGUCAUCCCCCCCCAACGCACUUCACUCCGCUCCGUUCCACUUGUGUUUUCCGUCGCGCGGCCGUGCUCUGAUCUGAGCCGAGUAGUUUAUUUUCCGUGUCCUCUCCGCUAAUCGGAAUUGCAUGCGAUUCGCAAUUCCACGUAUUACCCGUGCGUUUGCACGCGCCAAGCGUUGCUCGUCAUCGGCCUUCUUAAUGUACGGGAAAGAAGUCGAGAAGCGGAGAGGCUCCGCGAGCGUCUUCUACGUGGUGUUGGUGUCCUAGUGCUCGCGCGCCAACGGGACUCUGGGCGGUUACGUCACGUACGAAGCAUUUUUACACGAUCAGCCUUACUCUGUUAAAAAAAUGGAAUUACGGUUGCAUUCUCCGGCUGGAGCUGAACCCAUUAUCUAUCAGUGGCCUCUUACCUCUGGGUCAGGAUCAGAUCGACACGAUGGAGCCGUUGAUGUUGUGGAAACAAUGCGAUGGGUUUGCGAGGAUCUACCCGACUUGAAAAUUCCUCUGGAAAAUAAUAUUCUCUGUAACUAUGAUAUGCAUAAUUUUGAGAGCAUGAAAAAUUUAUGCGACAAAUUUAACAGAGCUAUCGAUAGUCGGGUUCAGUUGGAAAAAGGUACUAGUCUGCCAAUGCAACGACUGAAUAAAAGACCUAGCAGAGGCCUGCUUCGUCAUGUACUUCAGCAGACGUAUAAUCAAGCGGUAGUGGAGCCAGACAAAUUAAAUCAGUAUGAACCCUUUUCGCCAGAAGUCUAUGGAGAAACGAGUUAUGAACUUGUCUGCCAAAUGAUUGAUCAAAUUGAUGUUACCGACGACGACGUAUUUGUUGACCUAGGUUCUGGAGUUGGUCAGGUAGUUCUUCAAAUGGCUGCUGCUACCGCAUGUAAAAUUUGCAUUGGUGUCGAAAGAGCCGAUGUACCAUCCAAAUAUGCACAGAGCAUGGAGUAUAAUUUUCGCAAGUGGUUAAGCUGGUAUGGUAAGCGAUGCGGAGAGUAUCGGUUGGUUAAAGGAGACUUUCUUGCUGAUGAACACCGUGAGAGUAUAACAGGAGCCACAAUAGUUUUUGUAAACAAUUUUGCUUUUGGUCCGACUGUAGAUCACCAGUUAAAAGAGCGGUUCGCUGACUUGAGAGAUGGAGCAAGGAUUGUUUCAUCAAAGUCUUUUUGCCCGCUAAACUUUCGUAUUACCGAUCGUAAUCUUAGUGAUAUAGGAACAAUAAUGCAUGUGUCAGAGAUGUCACCCUUGAAAGGAUCUGUGUCAUGGACUGGUAAACCUGUGUCGUAUUAUCUCCAUGUUAUUGAUAGAACAAAACUAGAGAGAUAUUUUCAUCGACUGAAGAAUAACAAGACAGGGGCAAUUGACAUGGAACACUCUGAUUCUGUGAUAAGCAUCACUGCCAGCAAUAGUAGUAGAACAUCAAGUAGAGGUGGUGAGAGGGGCGACAGAGCCAAAAGAGAUCUUUCUAGGCAACUUGACAGCCCUAAUCACUCUGAACAGUUAGGUACAAACAGUGAUUCUGAUUUAGAAGAAAAUAGUAUAAAGAAUCGCCGACAGCCUUCUAAGCUUGGUAGAAAAUUAAAUCGAAAAGCCACCAAUGGAGUCUCCAGGCCUCCACCAAGAGGUCGACAAAGAGGUAGAGGCGUAAAGAAAACUAAACCUAAAAAGGCUAUCAAUAUUUCGGGAUUAGAUUUACUACACAGCCAAACACUGCUUAGUACAUCGCCUCAAGCACUUGGAAAAAAACCACCUCCGGCACCUGGAUGUGUCGAUCAACACCUUUCUUCCCUUUCUCUUGCUCUUCAGCCACAUUCUACCUCUGUUCAUGAAGAACUCAGUAUACCUGCAGCCCCUUCUGCCACCCCUUAUGCUCUUCAGAUUCUUCUCGAUCUUUAUAGGGACCAAUUUAUGGCAAUGUUAGAAUCGAUGAGAACACCAACGUACCGAGUAUCAGUAAAUACAGACAUUGCGAAAGAACGAGAAAGAAAUUCAAAACUGCAAUCAAGAGCUGCACAGCUUGAAAAACAGAUAAAAGUAUUGAUUGAUGACAGCGUAGCAUUAUUAAAAGCUCGGAUGACAGAAUUAGGAAUAAAUGCUACAUCACCUGGUGAUUUGUUAGCUAAGGCCAAGGAGAUUGUCAUGAGACAUAAGCAAUUACAAGCCAAAGCGAGUAAGCUUCAAGCCCAAGUGUCAUCUAUGGAGGCUGAACAGUCUAGACUCACAGCUAUAAGGCAUCAGGAGCUGCAAGAAAAGUACAAUAAUCAUACCAACACCAAUAGUGUUUCAAAUCCACCACAAUCUCUCACGCAAGACUAUAUUUUGAAAGAAAUUUCAACCACAUUAUCGCAGCGCAAGAGGCUGCAUUCCCAGGUGUCAAAACUACAACAUGAAUUGAGUGUGCUAGAGCGUGCGAGUAAUGAGAAACCAUCAGUACCGAUAAUUCAACAGCAGCAGCGAGAAGUGGUUGGAUCCAAACAUCAACAAAAUCAGCACGAACCACUACAAAACAAGACUGGAUCAUCACGGAAAAGUAGAGAAGGACGAUCUAGGUCCCAGGAAUGGCCUGAUGUUCCUGAUAUAGCAAAGAUUCAGGAGAAUAAUCCUGAAAUUUUAGCCCAAAAAAUCUUAGAAACAGGGAGACAAAUAGAAGCUGGUAGAAUACCAAAUAGACCAAGUACAACUACAGCACCCACUGCCAGGGCAAGACUGCCUCAAGCUACUCUCAGCUUCUCUUCUCCCUCUGCUUCCAUGCAAUCUCAAGUUAAUGUCAGAGAUUCGUGUAACAAAGCCCAAGAACCUCCGAGAGUAGCUAAUUUUGAAGAUAGAUUGAAAAGUAUCAUUACAAGUGUUCUAAACGAGGAUCAGCAGAAUAGAAGUAAACAGUUACAGCUUCAAGUACAACAGAUGCAGCAGCAAGCUGAGCCAGAGAGAAAACGUGUUGCACUGCCACAGAAUGUCACUACUCCUGAUUACACACAGGUUUCUCCGGCAAAGUUGGCACUUCGAAGACAUCUGUCUCAGGAGCGACUGUCCUCUCAUUUAACCACAUCAGAAAGAUCUGUGAUCGAUACUCGACAAUCUACACACGAUGAUCGAAUCACCAGAGGAACAGGAGUAGGAAAUGGAGGUACAACUGGCGGAGGGGGAGGAGGAGGAGGAGCCGGAGGAGGAGGUGGUGGCGGCAGCAAUGGAGGGGCUGGUGGAGGAAUGCUUGGCACACGGACAAUUGGCGAUCUAGUGAGUGGCGAGAUUGAGCGAACACUUGAGAUAUCAAAUCAAACUAUUAUUAAUGCUGCGGUCGACAUGAGCGUUAUGGCCCGAGCAGAAGCAGUCUAUUCUCCAAUUAGUAGACCCGCAAGUGCCGAAGGUGAUGCAGGACUAGCAACUUUGGCACAUGUUGCCAGCUACGCUCCUACUCCGACUCCAACUACUAGUUCUACCCCUAUUACUGCCACACGGUCAUCCGUAUUAUACACCCCCACCACGCAACCUCAGAGGUAUACGCCAGUCCAGCUUCCCAGAGCAGAUAUCAAGCCUUACCAUGAGUCUUACUUUACUGACAAUCCAUCCCAAGUCCCCACACAGUCACACCCUUCUCUCCCAAUCCAAUCGUCUCAAGCAGCUACCAAUGGAGAAUUGCUGCCUGUGGAGGGGUUGGCUGCUUCUCUGCAUGCGCGGAUACUGAAUAACCACAAUACCAGCACUAGUAGUGUUAAAAGUGAACCAACUGUUGUUAGCAGUCGAAGUAGGUAUCAACCUUACCCACGUUACGCAAGUGGAAAUAGCAGUAGUAAUGGCAGCGCUGCACUGUCGCAGUCACAUUCGGUAGUAUCGAUCAAAACUGAAACACCAAUUUCAUCUGUAAGCACAAGUGGUGCUCCUCUGAGCCCGUUGUUGGAACCUCAUUCUAAUACGUCUACACCUCUGGUUGACGAACCACAAAUGACAACACAGAGGCAAAGAAAUGCAGCAGGGGAUGAUGAUGGAGAAGCUGAUUGGCAGGACCGAAUCACCUCAGGGUUCGACAGAUUGGUUGCAUUCGCCUCCACUGAAUUGGACAAGCGUAGGAGGUCCACCGAAGGAGUAAAUACCAGCCCAGACAGCGGUUUGGGGUCCGAUAGUACAGUUACUGGUCCCCCACCAAUAGUUCCCUCUCCUGAUGAGGCUCUUGGCCCUCCACGGACACCUUCACCGACAAGUCCACGUCCUCCAAAUCCUCCGACUAAUAGCAAUAUUUCUUCGGUCCCUCUCAAAUACCAGCGACAGCAACCUGAUCCUGAACGGCAUCACUUUAAAAAAAAGUUUUUCCACAGAGAUUGGAAUAAUUCAGGGGGGACAAGUAAGUUUCGUCCCAAAGGAAAAGACUGGGACUGGCAUAAUUCUGGGCAAUGGCCCCCUAAUGGUGAUCAGUCCUAACCCACCCCCUAUCAGCCCACCUGUUAUAACUGAAGUGCUUUCUACAAUAACAGUCCGUGAUCAACUAUGCAGAUUUAGAUUGACUUCUUGAAAAUAUUCUACUCAAAGUCAACCUGUUAGAUUUUUUAAUUUUAGAUUAAUGCAUUUGAGGGUGAUCCUUGUUGGUAAAUGUCAAGCUGAACUUUGAAUUGGGUCUGUGUGUCAAAAUUUUUCUUGCGAUUUAAUCAAAUCAUUGUAUUUAGUAGAAAAUAAUCAACUUUUCGUACUGUUUUUAUUUUUCUCUUUUUUUUCCAAAUAGAUAAAUCACAUAGAAGUUAUUAAGUGUUUUAGGUCUAUUGUGGCAUCAUAUUGUUAUAAUUUUCAAACUGCCUUAACUAUGUUAAUUUGGAAGAUAUUCAUAUAAAGACAUAAGUUAACGAUGGAGUGUGAUAGUAAUCUAUCUUUAACCCUUACGUGGGACACCUCACGGGUAAGAAGUAUGUGGCAAUGGGAAGUAUGGGUCAAUCUGACCCCCAUCUCGGUAAUUAUUGCCUAGUUAAAAUAACAUUUAACCUAAUGUCUUGAAGAACUUCUAAAGUACCCCUCAGAUAUUAGUUUUUUUGGCAGAUAAUUUUUUCCAAGAAUAUUCCAUUGUUAAUUGUGGAUAAAAUUUACGAAUUUAUGAAGGGAUCUAUAGACUAUUGAACUUGGCGUGGGGUCGAUUCCACCCCAGGGUGCCAUGUAAGGGUUAAUAUUUAGAUUAAAUAUCCCAUUAUCCAAAUGAGUUACACUUACUUCCAAGGUCCAACAUUCAUUGAUGAGCAACUUUUUUUUUUCAUUUUACCGUUUGUAUCAACCAAUGUCACUACACUUAUAGUUCCUAGUAAGCACAGGGUGAUCACAGAUCGAUAAAAAUUUGGUAAUUCUAAGAAAGUCCGAUAAUUUAAAGCUGCUCAACGAAAAAAAAUGGCACAGAACUUUGUUAUCAGUCAGACGAAAAAUAAAUUUCUUCCCGUCUCAGGAUGAAAAAUGUUUAUUUACCUUUGACGAUGGUAUGCAAGCUGAGAGUUUAUACAUUUUUAUCUUUGUCAACGGUUCUAAAUCAAGCUUAUCCAUUUAAUGGUUACUGACAAGAAGAUAUUCUAUUUUCAGUGGGGCAAUUCUUCUUCUGCGGUUUUGUGAUCCCUCUGUUGCCAAUAAUUUUUUUUCCCGCUUCAAAGUUAAUAGGCUGUUUGGUUGAAUGGUCUGGCUUCAUAAAUUAAAAUUUGUCUGGCAUAAAACCAGGUUCGAUAGGCACAAGUAGAACUUGUCAGAAAUUUGAAUUUCUGGUGAGGGCUUCUUGAGUAUGAAUCAAUUUGCAUUCAUGUUCUUUUUUUUAUGAACUGCACCAAAAGAUGUCUACUGAUGAUAUAGCUGAUGUGAAAAUCAAAUUUCAUAAAAGAAAGAACGCUCUAAUAUACGGAUUUAUUCCAAAUAGAAACCUAACCUAAAUGUAAAGAAAUUUAUCAUUCUAACACUUGACUUCAUAAAUCAUUUCUUAAUGUACAUGUAAACACAAUCUCUGGUACAAAUCACAAACUAACUUUUUAAAUUUAGCACCGACAACUUCAACUAACAUUCACACCAUUGUGGAGCUCAUAGUAAAAGCUUAUUUCAUUUUAAAGAUUAUUGAUAAAUUCAAAAAUUCUAUAUACGACACCGAUGUGUUGAUAUAGUUGGCACAUGUGAUUUUUUAACGUGGUAGGUUCUUAUGAGCCAAACGAAUGUAACAUUGAAACAAACUGCUACCAUUAUUAGUUAUUAUUAAUCCAUAGAUUUCUGCUGAUGUCCUUAAUUUUAAUAACAUAGCAGGCAUCUUAUAAUUCGAAUCGAUGAAACUAGUUGUUCAUGAAUUUGAUCUAACAGUGAGUACGAACAUAAGAAACAUAAAUUUUCUAUAAUGCAAUGAAAAUUACAAUAUACAGAACACGUAUUGUUGCAAUUAUUCGAUUAUGUAAAAUUCCCUGGUAUCAUCUCUUCAUGUUCAUAUAAUGUACUAUAGUUAUUGGCAUAUCAACUUUUGACACUGUUCAUUUUACCACUCAAAUCCAUAUUUAUUGCUCGCAAGAGUUAUUUUUUCACACAUUUUUCUGUACAAGUUAGUGAGAUUAAAGUAGAAAAACCAGUGAGAUAUCACUAAAACUUGAAGGAUGAAGUAAAAUGAUUUUUGAGAUACCCAGUGAUUUCAAUGAGGCAAUGUAAUUGUAAGUAGUGUGAUAAGAAAAAAAAAGAAUUUGGUUAUUUCCUACGAUUGUAAAAAGCGCUUCAUUUGUAAUGCAUAACUGUAAAUUAACGAAUGAUUAUUUAAUAACCCCUAUACAACAGUACAUAUAGUUAUUGUAAUGUAGUCACCUACCGACUGUAGCAUGUUACAUACACUGCCGAAUCUAUUGAUUAAUUUUAUUACUAUUGAUCAUGAUUAUUAUUUAUUGUUUUUAUUGGAAUAUUUUAAUACUAAGGUUUUUGUAACAAGCAAAA